AUGGCUCCGAAGCGGCCCAAGAGCGGGGCUGGCGGCGGGCCUCCUGCAGCGCCAGGGGCUGGCUCCAAAAACUGGGAAGCCGGGCUGGUGACGGCGCGCCUGGAGGAGGAAAAUUGGAUUCCGAGCAUUGCCUUCAUCGUUGGGAACCAAAUUGAAGACGAGCUGCACAUGAAGGCUCUGUCUCUGGCCGUGCAGCUGCCCCAGCGGAGGCUCUUCAGCGUGAUCUCUUGGGAGCAGAUAUUGGAAGAGAUUAUGGAUGCUGGAAAUACGAAAGCCAAGAAAGUCAAAGAACAGACUCCAACACCUUUGUAUUCUGAGGUGUUAGAGGCAGCAAAAAGCAUUCUGGAUGCUGGAGAAUCGCUUCCCGUGACUCUGAUUGGCAAGUUAAUUAAAUAUCAAAUGCUUUGCAUCAAACAGAAGGAUCUGCUGAGACGGGGUGCUGAAAAGAAGCCAGCUGACGACCAAAAAGAGAAAGAGGAGAAGGGGAAGGGGAAAGGGAAGCCCGCCGGCAAGAAGGAGAAGCCCGCCAGCCCCAAGAAAGGAGGGAAAGGGAAAAAGGCGUCUGAUGCCCAGCAGCACGCGGGAGCAGCCGUGAAAAAGGAGACCAAGCUGAAGCGACGCGGAGAAGAAGACGAUACUGAUAAGUACAUCGAUGACGAGCCAGACGAUGGUGCUCAAUAUUAUUUCAUCCUUUGGGGUUUUCACUGCCCACAACUCUUGCCUAUCCUGUCCGAACUGGGUAUCAAUGUCGGAAGCAUCAUUCAGAUUUCUUCCGACAAUUACGAGCCCCUGCAGUCUUACCUGGAAUCCAUUUCACUGCCGGAAGACCCCCAUCUCGCACCAGAAGUGCUUGAAGCUGAAAAAAAGAAGAAGGAACAGGUGGUGAAGGACCUGAAACAUUUCUGGAAGUACUUAGAACCCGUUCUGGACAGCGGAAAGCCGGGAUCGAACCUUUUUCAGAUUGCUAGACUCCAUCACCUCAUCAAGGAGUCAACCUUUCCAGCUGACUGGGCUAAUUAUGAUAUGAUGCUCGAAUUCGGGGCGGAGAUCUUCGAAACCGUCGCCUGCUUGAUGUACGACUGCCUGGACUGGAGGAGGCAACAUCAGCACUACUUGAAAUCCACCAGGUUUAUCAACGUUCCGGUCGUCGAAAAGAAAAGCAAGUCUGCGUUCGCGGAGGGACAUCCUGCAGCUCCAACUACACCUUCAAGGAAAAAACAGGCCGCAGAAGAGCAUGUCGCUGCACGGGUGUUAACCACAGAUGUGGACAUGAGAUAUUACAACGAUUUGCUGAGCCCAGUCCCCGAAGAACUUGUUUCGGUUCCUUUGAUAGUUCAUUGCAUGGUGGAACAGGUUGUCGCAUCAGAAGAAAACCUGACUCCCCCCAGUUUGGUCGUUCCGGAGCCGCGUGAAGAUGGGCUGCACCACUCCAUCGCCAAGCACAUUGUUUCAAUCUUGCCUUCCCUCGCCCUUUCUGACUGUGAAAAGAAGGAUUUGUACAGCUCCUUCUAUCCCGAAAGUCAAGAAAAGGCAACGUCUCACAAAGGCCCCGUGAUCCUGAAUUAUCAUGAUGUGCUGUCUCAGAAGUUGCACUUCUUAAAGGCACCGGAUGGUUUAGACCUAGCCGAGAUUGAACGUGAAAUGAUGAGCAAGCUGCCUCUCUUCGACCUCCUUAAAUUUCCUCUCCCGUCCCCUGAGAGCAAUACCAAGCGCCUAGCCAGGCUUCACGAGCUGAUGCACUAUUGUACCAAUGAGCAGCUGAACUGGACCGAAGUAGAGCGAGCUUUUAAAAUAUUCACUUUCGAAAGUCUGAGGCUGACAGGAGUCGAUGACACUGGGCAGCUGGAAGGUUCCGGCAAAAUGCUCGGCGGAGAUUUCGAGGUGCCUUACAUCCCGUGGGAUAAUCCUGUGAGGUUUGCUAAGCAACUGAGAGAGCAGGGCAGCAGCCGCAGCAGCAGGCGAAUGUCGAUGAGGAGUGAACGGAGCAAAUCAGGUGAUACCGGAAGUGUCAUGGAUGGUUGUGAGAGCAUUUUGUCUGGUUCCCAUGGAAACAAGGGAAUUCCAGAGGUAGAAUUAGAAGACAUACGGAAGACCCAACAGCGGUGUUUGAACGACUGGAGUUUCGCCGAACAUUUUGAACCGCAUAUCCUUUUCCAGGUCCUUCACAACGCGACCCAGAAUUACCGGUGCAUCGACUCUUAUUACCACACUCAAGAUAACUCCUUGCUGUUAGUCCUCCAUAAUCCCAUGAACCGCCGUCUUCAAUUUCAGGAGACCUGGCAGGUGGCGUUGUACUCCGACGUUGGUUUCAGGAAUUAUUUGGAAUUAGUAGCUGACUCUAUUCGCAAGUGGAUGCUUCAAGAAGAAGUCAAAUACCAGGAAGAAAAAUUGGCGAAGGAGCUGGAAGCCCUUAGGUUGGCUAAAGAGUUGGCAGAAAAACCUCCAGUUGAAGUCAAGUCUCCGCCACCCGGAAGGAAAGGUUCUGCCGCUUCCAAGAAAAGCAAAGACACAUCCAAAAGUAAAGCAGAAGUUUCCCCAGAGCCUCCCCCGCCGGAGAAAGAAAAAAGCAUUUUUGUCAGAGACGACUCUCUCAAGGCUUGGAAGGAAGAGCAGGAACGGCUGCUGGAAGAAGAACGGCUGAAAGAACUCAAAAAAGCCGAGAAGAAGGAAAAAGCUGGUGGCAAAAAAAAGGGCCAGGGUAAGGAGGCGCCUAUCCCCGAAGAAGGAAAGACUUCUAAGAAGAAAACAUCCAAGGACAAAUCCAAAUCGCCCUCUAAAUCUCCAGAGUCAAAUAAAUCGCCAGAGCCUGAAGAUCAGGCAAAGUUGCAGAAACAGAGUAAACAGAUUAUUCCUCCUCCUCUUCCUCCCCCUGCCAAGACUUACGAGUUUCUUGGAUAUAAUAUGGGAGAGAACCCCAUUCAAGUGACAGGGACUACUCAGUAUCUCUUCCCUUCGGAUGGAGGGCAAAUCCAGGUAGAAAAGAUAACGUUUGUAAAAGGAUCCACUUUUGUCAAAGUGAAGGUGGCGAAGGACAACCACAACUUCUUCGUUCAUAUCAUAGACCCCAAGGAAAUUCCGAAAGAGAGCAAAGAUGAUCAAGGAAGCAGCCACUCCCUGGAAGAGCAACAAACUGAGCCAGAAAAACCAGUAGAUCAAGAUAAAGAUGUGAGUAAAUUUGGAUCGUUUUCUGCCACCUUAGAAAAUGAUAUUCAUCUGUCUUUCAGUUGCUACGGACCUGACGGAAAAGCCCCAGAUAAGAAAGAUCCCGAUUUAGCAGCCGUUUUGUCCUUCCCUUCGGUAAACGUGCCCACCACGUCCACCUUCAACACCUCAGCUGUCUCUUCUGCCAGUGUUCCCACGCCAGGAAAGACCAAACCUUCGAAAGAGAAAUCCGCUAAAUCCUUACAGUCGAGCAAAAUGGGCUCUCGCCUCACAGUUACUGGAUCGCCGGAAGACUUUACAAAGCAAGAAGAGAAAAAGGUGGAAGUAGAGGAGCCAGUCCAGCCGCAGACGCCAGCCACGCCGGAAGCCCGUGCUUUCAAUACUUUGAAUGUGUCCUGUCCCAAUGGCUUGGUACUGACCUUCAUUGGUAAAAAAUUCCCAGAUGAAGAAAAGGGAGACAAGAGCAAGAGCAGCGAUAAAGAAUGCAAAGUGGAGGAGACUAAGUCGGAUGAGGUCAAAGCCGAUGAAGUCAAGGCCCAAGAGCCCAAGGGGGAGGAACUGGUCAAGGUCAACGAAGCCGUCGCAAGCAAGACCCAGGCAGCUGGAGACCAGGCCGAGGAGGCCAAAGCCGCCGAUACACCUGCAGUUGACAGUGCCCUAAAGGAUGGGGCUAGUGAAGGCAAGGCUGAAGCUGAAGCCGAGGCAGCCCCGGCGGACGAGAAGGAGUUACUCUUUGAAAUUCUCACUAGGCAGACUUAUCCGCAACGAGUGAAGCAUUCGCAGAUGCAGAACCCAGUGAAGAAACCGGUAGAACAGGAGGUGUCUAGAGUUACUACCAGACAAGGGACUGUCGUAAAAUACAUGCUGGAUGGGUCCACCCAGAUUUUGUUUGCGGAUGGCACUGUGAUUAGAAGUCCUGAUUCUGGUCCUGUGAUGCCGCCUCCCCCGCCGCCAAGUACACCACACACAGAGGUCACUCCUCCUGAGCCAAGCACAAAGAAGAAGAAAGGCACCAGAGGUGCAAAGACAGAAACAAUUGAAAUCGUCGUUCUGGAUCACAUGUUGGAUAGCGAACAGUCCCCCGAUUCCCUGGCAGGCACCUGGAUAACGACUACCCCACUGGGUGUUCAGGUGGGCACUAAGGGGUCCGAGAGACUGGACCUGAAGCCGCUGCUGGCCUACCGGGCCACUGAUCCAGUGAAUGGAACGGUCAUGACGAUGAGGGAAGACAGGGUGGUUAUAGUAGAGAAAACGGACGGUUCCAGAAUAGUAGAUCAUGCCGACGGCACCAGGAUAACCACUUUCUUCCAAGAGUGUAAUGAAAUUGUGCCUGGUAGCAGUGACGAAGCAGAAGCUGAGCCCCAAAUAAUCACAAGGCAGGUGAAGUGCAUCCGUGUGGAGCAUCCAAACUUUGCGACUAUCAUAACCAACUCUGAGGACAGCACCUGCUGCGCCAUCUUUGCCGAUGGGACCUCAAUCAUCUCAAAGCCACAAGGGACGUAUCAAGUGCUGCCGAUGAACAAAGGCCACCUGUUCAUCGAUGAACACUGUACUGCCGUUUACUUACCAGUGGCAUUUGACGAAAGUGGAUACGAGCUUGUUUCCCAUAAGGGGAGCCACGAGAUAGGGAAGUACAUUAUGAAGCAUGACUCCCCCGUCGCCUGCAAGAUGAUGGAUCCUGCGGGAAACAUUUUCAAGGUGAUGGCUGAUGGCAGCACAUCCGAAUACAUUGAAAGCUGUGAUUCCGAAUAUCAUUCUGAAUACGAACCCACAGAAGUUCAGACGCCAGUCAUAUACGGGGAACACACGCCCAGGUUCUUCAUUGUCCACGCUGACGGCUCAGGGACUGAACUCCUCCGUACCAAGGACACAGACGAAUAUCUGUCUUUGGCUUACGGUGACCCUGUGACAGCCGUUCUGCAGGAGCCAAUACAAGAAUGCCCAGGCAUCCUGAGCAUCACUGUCCUCUGCCCUUUGACGGAUGCCUCUCGAUGGGUGAUGAAGAGAGACUCUGCCAAUAUUAUUCUGUAUAAUCUCCAGUCAAGGGACUGGGAGAAUUUCCCUCCAGUUGAGAGAAAGAUUCCAGGCCCUCCUUUUGGAACGCGUGCGUGGAAAGGCCUGGACAUAGAAUUUAAAGAGUUAGCAACUUCCCCUCCACCCAUAAAGAAAAACCCAAAGGUACUCCAGAUUCGUCGACUGAUCCAGUACGAGCCAGUGAGCGACGAGAGGAGAAUCCUACUGCAGCUUUCUGUCAAGGCGUACAUAGAGAAUGUCAUAAAGCAAGAAGAUGAGAUGCAAGAAAUGGUUAUUAAGGAUCCAAGAACAGAAGAGGAGAGGAAAAAUGCUGCAGACCUUCUCAAACUAGUGAUGUCGUUCCCGAGCGCAGAAGAAUCUUCGGAAGAUCUCAGCAGUGGAUCUCAGAUCGCCGAACUGUACGAGCAAGCCUUGUCUUCGCACUUCCAAACUCUUCCACCAAAGAGGACAGAAGAAUAUUGGCAGAGAUUCUGUCAGGAAGAGGCGGAGAAGGUAACUUCCUGGCAGAUCAAAUUGGCACAGAACAGGCAGGAAAUCGAGGAUGGGAAGAAGUGUCUCAUGUGCUUGAGGAACAAAGAUAUCCCCCCUUAUUUCAGAUCGGAAUUCGGCAUAGAGUUUUUGCAGAAGAAGACUUCAGACUUCAAACAGCUUUCGAAAAUGCUCCCGCCGUUUCCAAAGCCAUCAAAGAAAGCGUGCCUGUUGGAAACCAUUACACAGUCCUGUGAAACUAAAACUACUGAAAGCAGCUUAGAAAUCCAAAACAACUCCAUCUCCAAACAAUAUUCCGACGACCUCUUCAAUCUCUCGUGGAUCUCUUCAGUCCGUGCCGAAAUCUUUCCAGAUCCCCCCUCACACGAGAAAUCACAUCUCUUUUCUUGCUCAUCAGAUGAAGGUGACAAUUUAUCGGCGUAUUUCUUCAAACCACCCCUCCGGUCUCUGCUAGUGAAUGCUGCAGGAUUCCCGAGAAAAGGGAAGGUGCAAUUGCCCUCCUACAUCGAGGAAACCAAGCGAGAAGCUUUUUACAGUAAGAAGCACAGCGAUCCUGUUUCCGGGAAAGUCAACACAUCUUCUGUCGCGAAAUCAUCAAAAACGCUGUCCUCCUUCCUCCUCACCCCGCCAAAGGUCAAAUUUGGGGUUCUCAAGGAAGGCUGCACUUACUCCACUACGGUGGUCCUGAAGAACAUUGGAGUUGAUUACUGCAGGUUUCGGGUGCAACAACCACCGCCCUCUACUGGACUGCGUGUGAUUUACCUUCCAGGACCCGUGGCUGCUGGACUGCAGACAAAACUGGAAAUCGAGAUAUUUGCCAUGGCCAUCGGGCUGGACGGGAGCCAGGGCAUGGGUGAGAUUCACCACCGACUUGAAAUCCAUACGGAGACAGAAAUUCUCUACUUGCCUGUGGAGGCAAAUAUCCUUUUGCAGUCCCUCUCUUUCUCCCUCGCCGCUUUCUGUCAACAGGUGGGACGAAAUAAAGAGAUCUUCAGUCUUCGGACCGCGCCGAACAGCGGCAUCUACGACAACAGGCCCCCGGACUACCCUCAGGAGGGCAAGGCAGACUCGGUCCGGCUGGUUUCGACAAGCCCCAUCUCUCAUUCCAGGGCAACGCUUCCUUACAAGCUCCUGGAUAAAAACAGAUCAUGGGGGAGCCUAAACGAAACUCCAGCCACGUGA